AAGAGAACUACUUCCUGCUUCAGCUGUGGUCCUGAUGUGAUCAGCUGUGUUGAGAAUGAGACGAAAUUACAAGCCAGGAGGAAAAGGACACAGAAGACAUCAGAAUUGGUGGAGAAGGGAUUCUCGCUGGGAAAAUAAUGACAGACAUCGGUCAGGAGCUUCAUCAGACUCUGCCAGCUCAAGCACCUCAGCAAGUUCUUCUGGUUCAACUCAAUCAUCUUCCGUGCCUGAACUUCCAGGCUUUUACUAUGAUCCGGAGAAGAACAGAUACUUCCGCUUACUGCCAGGACACAAUAACUGUAACCCACUGACAAAAGAGGGAAUAAUAAAGAAGGAAAUGGAGGCGAAGAGGCUACAGCACCUUGAAGAUGAUAAAAAUAGGAAGAAAUUGAGCAGACUUGGAUUAAACGCCUCAUUGCUGCUUCGUAAACAACAGCUUGGAUCGCUGCCCUGUACAACCUACUGCAGACAUGUUCAUGAGCUAAAAGUGAGCUGUAUGCAGAGGAAGGAGGUGUCUAUUGUUAACCCCGAAUCUGUUGGUGCUGGGACACACAAAUAUGAAUUCAUUCUGGCUGACUCGUCAUGUGAAAGGUUGUUUGUGGUGAACGACGUGGAGAAUGGAUUUAGUAAAUAUGGUCUCCUGAACCUGAACGGACUGUGGAAAGAUGUCCCGACCGUCGAGAGUCAUGAUGAUAAUCCAUACUUCACCAAUCAGAAGGUGGUUACUGCAUGUUGGGCCUCAGUGAAUGCACCGGACUCGCAUGUUCUAGUCUGUCUUCUUGGAAAACCAGAGGCCCCUGGCUGCGUCAGUCUUAUCCCAGCAUGUCGUUUUAGGAACUUGGCUGCAGACUAUGACGAUGUCCGGCCGGAAGUGGUCUACAAUAUCCGAAUCUCUAAUGCCUGGUCUUGUGCGUGGUGCCUGAACCCUCGACUGGAAUGUUCCUAUGCAGCAGGUCUGCGGAAUCAAGUCCUGGUUCUGAACGUGGUUACGGAUGUUCAGCACACUUUCCGAACGAACAGUGAUGUUUUGGCUCAGCAGUUUGCCACACAGACCUUGCUGCUGUAUAACGGCUGUCGCUCUGGAGAAGUGUUCUCUAUAGAUCUUCGUGUCCCUUAUCACUUGCCUAAUAAUUGGAAGAAAGGGGUGUCAUUCUCCCAAAGCUCCGGCAUCACUUGUCUGCGUCUUCUCAAGGAUGAAAACUACCUCGUGGUGUCCGAUAUGUCUGGGCAGAUUAAGCUGUGGGAUCUGCGGAUGGUGAAAAAUGUGCUGAACUAUGACGGACAUAUGAACAGUUACGCUCACUUACCAGUGCAUGUGAAAGAAGAUGAAGGGUUGCUGCUUGCAGUUGGACAAGAUUGCUACACGAGGAUCUGGAACUUCCAGGAUGCCCGGCUUCUGAGGACAAUCCCAUCACCACAUACUGCCUCCAAGGAUUCUAUACCAAGUGUUGUAUUCUCCUCCUACCACGGAGGGAAAAGGCCGGUUCCUGGGUUACUAAUGGCUGUCAAGAAAUACUUGUACCACUUUACUUAUGACUCAAAUGAUGUCUGAUACUUGUUUUUCAGCGUCAUUAAUCCAAUGUACACUUCAGUAUGGACCCAAUAACUGCCAAAGCAUUAUAGGUUUGAGAGGAGCAUAUCUAUUUUAACAGUGUAAAUCAUCAAUUUAUGAAUGAGUGCUGACAGGUAUUUUACAUAACUAGCGAUUAAAUAAAAUAUAUAUUUUUUAAAAGGC